UUUAGUAUAAGUGUAACCUAUUCUGUGUCUGUAUUUCUACGAUGAUAACCCUUAAUGUUUAAUCGAAAAAACUAUAAUCCUACCAACUAAUAAUUUACUAAACAGAAAUGGGUUGUCAUUAUUGGAUGUGGGAAAUAUAUAUUCAUUUUGUAUUAACUUUUAUAUUAAAUUUGUAAAAUUAAUUUUAGAUUGUACAUAACGUAUUUGUAAACAAAGAAAUAAAAUUAAUGCACUCCUACGCAUUUUGGAAAUGAUAGAACUGAAAACACAACCUUUUUGCCAAGUUGAACAGAGAUAAAGUAUUUAAUUUAUGGUGUCUGCUCGAAAAGAAUUUAAAAAUUGCAUUAAAAAUUUUUAUAGCUGCAUCAUGCGAUAACCUACGAUGAUUUCGGAAAACUAAACUAAAGUCUAUUUUUUGAAGGAGCGAUAAAAACAUUGCGAUAAACUGUGCUAGUUGCUAUGUGGCCAGUUCAAGCCAAAGAUAAAACGGAGCUGAAGAAAAUUAUUGAAGUUCUGCAUUUCAAAAUGGCAGAAAAUUCAAUGGCGUAUGCCCGGAGCUAUGUCGUCAGAGGGAAACUGUAUCGACGGGUGGAUUUUUUCUACCAUUCCUCCUAGUCAUAGUUGCGACAAAGCCGGGUCGAAAUCAUUUGUCACUACCCACUAACCAGUACCGUCCUAGUCCCAGUUGGCUCUACGUUACUGUCUCGAAAUGACCUUGGUCUAAUCGAUCUCGCGUUUUCCUUUCACGAAAGUUUAUUCUUUCUUUUUUCUUAGUGCCCCAAACUACUGAUAAAACCUUCCUCAAAUAAAAAUUCCAAACCAAAGGUUUUCCGGCGAAAAGUUCUUAAAAAACAAAAGCAAUCUUCAUUCUCAGAAAGCAUGGCCGUCGAAACGGAAAAGCCUUCAGUAGCUCCCCCGCAUGGGUUUCUUAACAUUGGCAGUCAGUCUCCCCAGUAUUUACCUUUGGAUAAUGGCCAUCAACAAGUGGCGCCGGUAGUGAGUGCACCGAAUCACACCAUCAUCAAUGUUGGUGGAUUUGGUGGCGGAUGUCCAUCUUGUCGAGUGGGAGUACUGAGAAAGAGCCAUUGUACGUUUUGCGGCGUGCUCUGGUCGAUUCUUCUGUUUCCUUGUGGUCUGUUAUGUCUUUGCUGUUGUACUAAAGAUCGCUGCUCCAACUGUUCCUACACACAGAACUGAUGAAGUUCCUUUAACGGCAGAAUCCACACAGCCCUGGAGGUCGCAAAAAAUUGUUCUAAUGUUUUUGUCAAUCUUUAUUUGUUUAAAUCGUUAAAUGAGUGACUGUUGUCACAAAGAAGUUAACGUGAAACGGAAUAACCGCACAAAAUGUGUUGUAACCAAGAUAUUAUAAAUGACGUCAAUGCCAAAUAAAUGGUCGUUACGUUGCA